AUGACAGCAGAGGAAGGAGGAUUCAUAAGGAAAAGACAGACCAGGGCCAGCACCCGCACCCGCAGCAGGACUGCUAAGAAAAACGUCGUGUAUGUUGUUGAAUCAGGCUCGGACUCCGAGAAUGAACCCUUGGUCAAGGGCGAAGACCAGGAGUUCCAAGACGAAAAGGUACCCAUCGUAGAAGUGCUGUCGUCUUCAUCCGAUGAAGAUGAGCCGUUGCAAGAAUCGAAACCAAAGCGCAAAAAGAGACAGGCCAGCAAGAAGCAGAAAGAGAAAAAGCCAAAGCUCACGCCUUUCGAACGUAACACGGCAAAACUUUUCGAGCAGCAUCCGGAACUCGUAAACGUGUUCAAAAAAUUGCAAGAAGAACCGCCUCGGCCAGUGCAAAGAGCCCCGCAACCUGACGGAAUGGCCGUCCGCUUGUUGCCCUUUCAACUCGAGGGUUUGCACUGGUUGCAGCAGCAGGAAGAUUCAGAAUACAACGGAGGCGUUCUCGCUGACGAAAUGGGUAUGGGUAAAACCAUCCAAACGAUCGGGUUGUUGAUGAGCGAUGUCACCAAACGGCCGUCGCUUGUGGUCGCCCCAACAGUCGCCCUAAUGCAGUGGAAAAACGAAAUCCAACAGCACACAAACGGGCAGUUGUCCGUGUACAUGUACCACGGUGCCAAUAGAACCACCAACAUAGGUGACUUCAAGGGUGUAGACGUCGUGUUGACCACUUAUGCCGUAUUGGAAUCCGUGUACAGAAAACAGGUGUACGGGUUCAAACGUAAGGCUGGCACCGUCAAAGAGAUGAGUGUGCUCCACUCGAUAGACUUUUACAGAGUCAUCUUGGAUGAAGCACAUAACAUCAAAGAUAGACAGAGCAACACCGCGAAAGCCGUCAAUACCCUCAAGACCCAGAAGAGAUGGUGCCUUUCCGGUACUCCGUUGCAAAACAGAAUCGGUGAAAUGUACUCUUUGAUCAGGUUCUUGAAUAUAGAACCCUUUACGAGGUACUUUUGUAAAGCGUGUCCUUGUAACUCGGAAAAUUGGCAGUUCUCCGACUAUUUGCACUGUGACAAGUGUGGGCAUGUCGGUAUGCAACACACCAACUUCUUCAACCACUUUAUGUUGAAGAAUGUUCAAAAGCACGGUAUCGAGGGCCCAGGCCUGGAAUCUUUCCAAAAUAUACAAACGUUGUUGGGAAAGAUCAUGUUAAGAAGAACUAAGGUCGAAAGGGCAGACGAUCUAGGACUACCCCCAAGAAUUGUUACUGUUCGAAAGGACUUCUUCAACGACGAGGAAAAAGAUCUUUACAAGAGCUUGUACUCUGAUGUGAAGAGGAAAUAUAAUUCGUACGUGGAAGAAGGUGUGGUCUUGAACAAUUAUGCUAAUAUUUUCACGUUAAUCACAAGAAUGAGACAGAUGGCGGACCAUCCAGAUCUAGUCUUGAAAAGAUUGCACGACUCCAACGGUAAUAGCAAUUCAACAGGGGUUAUCAUAUGCCAGCUCUGUGAUGAUGAAGCAGAAGAACCCAUAGAGUCAAAAUGUCAUCACAAAUUUUGUCGUCUUUGUAUCAAUGAAUAUAUCGACUCUUUCAUGGCAGACGAGAAAAAGCUAACGUGCCCCGUGUGCCAUAUCGGGCUAAGUAUUGAUUUGCAACAACCAGCUCUUGAAGUUGAUGAAGAAAUGUUCAAAAAGCAAAGUAUUGUCAGUAGACUAAACAUGGGUGGUAAAUGGAGAUCGUCUACAAAAAUUGAAGCAUUGGUGGAAGAAUUGUAUAACUUGAGAAGUGAUAAGCGGACUAUCAAAUCAAUUGUCUUCUCCCAGUUCACAUCGAUGCUAGAUUUAGUUGAAUGGAGAUUGAAACGUGCUGGCUUCCAAACCGUUAAACUCCAAGGUAGUAUGACCCCAACUCAAAGAGAUCAAACUAUCAAAUAUUUCAUGGAGAACAUUCAUUGUGAAGUGUUCUUAGUAAGUUUAAAAGCAGGUGGUGUUGCCUUAAACUUAUGCGAAGCUUCGCAAGUAUUCAUUUUAGAUCCAUGGUGGAACCCAAGUGUAGAAUGGCAGAGUGGUGAUAGAGUGCAUAGAAUUGGUCAAUUUAGGCCAGUAAAAAUUACAAGAUUUUGCAUAGAAGAUAGCAUUGAGUCUAGAAUUAUUGAGCUUCAAGAGAAAAAAGCUAGCAUGAUUCAUGCCACUAUUAAUCAAGAUGAGGCAGCAAUUAACAGAUUAACUCCAGCAGAUCUUCAAUUUUUAUUCAAUAACUAA